AUGGCGGCAACAAGUUCUAUCCUCCUCAAGGGAGGCACGGUCCUCCAACAUCAAGCCGACGACAAAGUUGCUGCCCUGAAAGACACCGACAUCCUCAUCCAGGGCAACAAAAUCGCCUCCAUCGGCGCCUCGCUGGCGACCCCGCCGAACGCCCAAAUCAUCGACUGCACCGGCAAACUCGUCUCACCGGGCAUGAUCGACACGCACAACCACCUCUGGCUCACUCAACUGAAAGCCCGACACGCCGAGCAGACCCUGUUCGAGUACAUGUACACCGGCAAUCUGCAGUCGUUCAACUUUGACGCCGACGACAUUUUCUGGGGCCAGCUGGGGGGGUGUCUCGAGGCCAUCGACGCCGGCACCACGACGGUGGUCGACCACGCGCAUUUGACGUACUCAACGGAGCAUGUGAACAAGGCGCUCGGCGCGACCAUCGCGUCCGGGCUGCGGUGUUUCUUCUGCUACGUGCCCAUCAUGCGCUUGAAACAGUGGGAACCUUUGACUCCUGAUAUGGACUUCCUUCCGGGGUGGCUGUUGAGUCAGCUUGAGAGGUUGGCGAAGACACAGCCAUUCGGGAAGGGCAGAGUGAUGCUCGGGUUCGGGUAUGAUCUGUGGGCGUUGCCCAAGGACAAGGUCGUGGAGUUGUGGGGGAAGGUCAGAGAUUGGGGUGUCAAGUUACUGACGACGCAUUAUUGCAGGAAUCGCAUCUUUGGCUUACGUUCAGUACCCGGUUUACUCAAGGAAUAUGGCCUUCUCAAGCCUGAUGUAAUAGUUGCGCACGCGACACAGGCUUCUUUAGACGAUGGGAAAAUGAUGACGGAAGCCGGCGUCUAUGUCGCCGUAACACCGGAGUCAGAAGGUCAAAUGGCUCUAGGACGGCCCUUGACGUUCCGGGAUGAUGUACAGACUUCCUUGGGUGUUGAUUGUCACUUCAUCGGCCCCUCCGACCUCCCUUCACAGAUGCGUCUGGCCCUUCAACUCGAGCGCCAAACGCACAACCAAGCCAUCCUCGACGCCGACAAAUACCCUCUCACCAACGUCAGCAGCUCUACCUUUGUUUACAAUCUCGGCACCAUCGUCGGCGCCCGCGCAGUCAAGAUGGAAGACCAAAUCGGCAGUACUGCAGUUGGCAAAUUGGCGGACCUGGUCAUCUACGACGCGACGAGUCCGACCAUGGUGUGUGCGGCACAGGCGGAUCCUGUCACGGCGAUUGUGAGGCAUUCGACCAUUCGGGAUGUCGAGACUGUGAUUGUCGACGGCGUGGUGAGGAAGCUAGGUGGAAAAUUAGUGCCCAUCAGUAUGAGGAUGGAGACUGGUGAGGGUGACUUUGCUCCGCCGGCGGGCGUUUCUUCGUCGGAGCCCGUUGACUGGGCGUAUGUUGCGAAAGCCAUCAUGGAAAGCAGAGAGAAAGUCGUGGCAAAGAUCGAUGCGUUGAAUAUGGAGGCUGGUGCCCAGGGUGUGAUGAAAGCGUUUGCCAUUGAUGAAAAUAAAUUGGUCAGAUAG